UUUUCAUGCUGUCAAACAAACUUCAAACAAAUUCAGUUGGUUGGUUGGUGUUUAGAUCCCUUGGUGUUAUUAGUGCAAUUAAUAUUUAUUUUAAUUUGAAUGGGUAGAUGCUAUAGAGUAGAAAGUUGUGUGCAGAAUUAUUUUAAACUUCAAAAAAUGCCUUUUUCAUGAUAUAUUAAUGUCUUAUAAUUGUAUAUCUAAUGGCACCCCAUAUUAUAACUAUAAAUAGUUUUCGAACAGUACUUAACUUGGAUGAAUUAAUUGACCAUCUUAUUGCUAAUAAAAUACUUUAUCCAUCAGAGUACAAAUACCUCUGGUCUAAGGACCCAGAAGAUAGAUUAAAUUAUGUUAUCGAUUUUAUAAAUAAAGCUGGUUCUAAUGUUGAAAAUAAUUUGUUGAAAUAUUUAAAUGAGAAACAUCCUAAUAUUGAGCAAAUUGAGCAAGAUAAACAUGAUUACCAUGAAGCUCUUGUACGAGGUGGAUUUCCUAAACUGGCAAAGAAUUCUGUUAAACGAAGUAGUGAUACCGAAACUCUAACAAAUAAACUUAAAAACCUAAUGCCACGUGACAAACUGGUGGUUUAUGGUAUGAUGGGGUGUGGAAAGUCGUUUUUGGUAAAUCAAAUUUUAAAUGACGUAGGCAUAGUAAAAAAUUACUUCGACUUUAAAUUGUUUUGGGUGAACCUAGGAGAACACCAAAAAAAUUUAGACAACAUUCUAUCUACCAUGUGGAGACUAUAUUCCUGUGUAAUAUCAGCUGUAAAAGAACCGCCUCUUUCACACUGUCCUGAGGAUCUGGAAUUUCUUAAAAAGCAUGUAAAAGAACUUUUUUUGAGGUUUGAAAUGCAGAAUUCCCUGCUUAUUUUGGAUGAUGCUGGAAAUGAUCAACUUAUUUCACACUUUGAUUUUGGCUGUAAAACGGUCAUAACAACGAAAAAUAAAAACAUCGUUCCAAUCGGAAUGGGCACAUUUGUGGAGGUAAAGGCAGCAUUCACGGAAAAGGAGACUUUAGAAAUGUUUUAUUGUUUGGGCAACACGGAAGAAAUAGAAGAUCAUGCAAGAGAUAUUUAUCACAUUUGUAAGGGUCAUCCCUUGGUGGUAGCAGCAAUAUCUUCAUUUUUAAAUGAAAGCAAGGAGGAUGCUGGAAAUCCCAAAAUUUGGGAGCACAUUAAAGAAAACUUGUCCACUGGCCAAUAUCAGUUUGAUGAAACCCUACAAAACGCAAUUAAAAUCUGCGUGGACAACUUAAAAGACGAUCUCAAACCAUAUUUCUAUGAUCUCUCAAUUUUCCAACAAGACGUCAAUAUACCACCUGAAGUACUUGAAAUUCUCUGGCAGAAAAACAUGAUUGAAGUGCGUAAUAUCAUGAUGCAACUCGCGAACCGUUCUUUGGUAAUUUCGUUUUACCACAAGGAUCAUAAAUCGUACGUCUACGGUGUGCACGACGUUUUUCUAAACUACCUUAAAGCAGUCACUAGGGAUAAAAGGAGGGAUUUGCAUAGAAAGUUAAUCGAAGCUUACAAUAGAGUUACCAAUAAUAAUUAUCUUGAUUUGCCAAACGAUAAUUAUACUCUUCAAUACAUCGGAUUUCAUUUAAAGGAAGCAGAUGAUACUGAAAAGUUUCGAAUAUUUUUGAAUCUUCAGUUUAUUGAGGCCAAAAUAAGGGCUGCAGGUCAUGCUGAUGUUCUAAGGGAUAUGGAGAAUUAUGCUUUGUAUAUAAACAAAGGGAAUAUAGACGACAAAAAACUAAACGACUACCGUCACUUCAUAAAACGUUUUGGUCCCGAUAUUUUUUACAACGACAAAACAGAUAUAAUACAAUUUGCUUUGCAAGAGAAAAGCGCUUCUCACGUUUAUAAUGAUGCAUUGGCUAUUGCCACAUCGAAUCCCUCCUAUCCAUAUUUUAAACUAAAAAAUCCAAGGGAUGUAAAAAGAUCUUCUUACAAGUUUAAAACUGAUCAAGACAUAACAGCUGCUUGUUUUUCAAAUGCCAAUGAAAUAUUUAUUGGGACCAGUAAUGGAAAUAUUGAAAAAUAUAUAAAUGAACGUAAAGUAUCCACCCUAAAUGGACAUACAAAAACAAUAAUUAGUUUAAAAUUAAACAGUAAUAAAACGCAACUGUUGUCCAUAUCUGAGGAUCACACCGUGAGAGUAUGGAAGUUAAAAUCAAAUACAAGGAAGAGCUGGGAUUUAAGUGCACAUGGUAGUAAAGCAGAUCCCAAAGAUAAGCAAAGAGACUGGAAAAGCAUAAUUAUAAACGAGUCAAACGACGACCCAAAAGUGUUCAAAUUAAACGACAUCGAAGACUACUGCGUGGCGGCGGCAUUUUCGCCAAACUCCCUCAACGAAAUCGCCAUCGGCACCAACAAGGGCGUAAUAACGAUCUGGAAUACAGAAAAAAUGCAACAAAUAUGUUCGACGGCACAACGUCGAGGCUAUCCGGUCGCCAAUCUGCUCUUCGUUAAACUAAAGGACUGCAAUCCGCACAUCGUGUGCAUCAUAAAUACCAGUAUUUUCAUAUUUGGCUACAAGGACGCCAGCCUCGACUACGUGAUGCAGCUACACACUACCGAUGUGCCAAGAGCGGUGUUCGUUUGCACGCCCAACGAUUCGCCCGAAAUUAUCGGGCUGAUCGGCGGGCAGAUAUUCGUUUGGAACUUUUUCGGGCCGUUCAAGAAAAGCGUGUACAAUUUGGACGAGGACAGCGUGUGUGCCAUUCUAACCAACGAUUCGCAGUACUUAAUUAUAAGUACGCUGGGUAACUCUUUGUGUAUAUGGGACAAUAGGCAGCAUAAGAGUAUUGAUGUUCUUUAUUAUUGGGGAUUGACAAAAUCUCUGGACACAUUCUACGACGACGAAAACUCGGCGCACGUUCUGCUCAUAAGUUCCGACAGAAAAACGCUUCAACAAUGCGAAAUCAAACUGCAAGAAGAAAUCAGGAUUAACAGCAAAUUCCCGGAGUUCAGCUGCUGGUGGAACAAAGCGCGUCCUCUAACGGCUGUCAGAGGCAAAAAUAAGAAAAUCGAAAUCUACCAGGAUUACAAAAUGAUUGCGCAAACGCCCGAGAUCAAAAACAAUAUCACGUACACGAAAUUUUGUGAUACGGACCACGUGGUGUACGGUUUAGAGAGCGGCGAGGUCAGGCUGUUUCAAUUAAAGAACAAAAAUGACAGGCUGCUUACCGCUGUCGAAGGCAGAAUCUCGUACAUCGAGUUGUUUGGAUGCGUUAAGAACAAAAAGAGUUACUUGAUUGUGUCGAAAGAUGACCUAGGCUCGACCUGCACUAUUUGGCCUCAAAAAAUCACUCAGUCGUUUUCAAAGCCAAAACUCUUUUUUAAACAAGAUAAUCUCAUGUUUGUUGUCGAAGGUAACGGUAACAUAUCGUCUUGGAAUUUAACUGAAAAUGAGGUUGAUGUUUGGUACAAAAAUACCGAAGUUUUAGAUGUAAUCACUGCCACUAUUUGCUCAAGCAAAAAGCAUCUUGCCCUUACUUUUCUUAGAGAAGGAAACUAUUUUCUUCAGUUAUACAAAGUUUCCUAUAACGAUAUUAACGUUUUUAAAACAAUCAGUGUAGAUGGCCAACCCAACUUUAGUUGUUACUCGUUUGACGGAGUAAUUUUGGCUAUCGGAAUGAAGUCUGGCGAUAUACAGGUAUGGAAUACUGUAAAUAAAUAUAAAUCUAUCACAUUGAAAUUGCACGAAACACCAGUUGAAUAUCUUCUGUUUUCACCGGGAUUAGAACCAAUUCUAGUUAGUUUGGGUGAUCAGAUUGCUUGGUGGAACUUAAAGAAAUUUCAGAGGACUGGGAGGUCAUUUAAAACACAGUCAUCAGUAGACGAAGAUUUGCAGGAAAGGAGCACAAUGAACUCUCUCUACUGGUCCAGUAAACAACGUUUCAAAAACGAUCAGUAUUUGAUAGCUUGCGUCAAAUCACACGAGCAAUAUGCAAAAUUGAUAUCGGCAUCGCCAGAGUUCACUUCCUUUUUGACUGUAGACGGUACAGGUAAAAUAUACAUUAUGGAAGUUGUCUAAUUUCAAAUGUAUAUUUUUCCAAUCAUGAUAUUAACAUGCCGGCAAACUUGCUAAAAUAAUUUGGCAAUAUACAUGCCCGCCUAGCAAGUUUGUAGUAUGUACACAUGUGUUCAGAGCCUAAAUCACAAUGAUGAAUGUUCUCAAAGAAUUCUUUUUUUAAUGAGAUUCUCAGGUUGUAAAUUAUUUUUUAUGGAUAGCUAGUUCACAAAGAUUUUCAUUCUCAUCCACUUUCUAAAGACAGACAACAAAUUCAUAGUUUUUAACAAUUAUAACCAAGAUAAUUUUACAUACAGUGUGUUAAUAUUUUAACACAUUUUUAAUUAAUUUUAAGGAUUCAAUUGAAUUUUGUAUGUGUUGUAUUGUUCAUGCUGGCACACUGUAAAUAUGUACAUAUAAUUUUUUUAUGUUUAUGUAUUUAUAAGAAGCUUUAUCACAGUUUUUAAAUAUUUUUUUAAACAGCACAUACGCUGCAAACCAAAAAGCAAAUUCUGUGAUUUAGAGCUCUAUUUUUGCAUUUAAUGUGCAAUAUAUUCUAUGGCAAGAAGUUAUUAAUUGCUCAAUUAAAUUAUGUUUUAUAAUUAAUUGUACUCCAGUACAAUAAAAACAAUUAAUAAGGCUGCCCUAAAUUAAUUUGAUUGAACUGUUAUUUAAAAGCUCUUGCAGCAUUAUGUGAUGACUUUAUUGUGAUUAGAUGUUUAGAUGUAUUUUUAUACUUCAAGUAUAUAUUUUAUAUUGUUUAUUUUAAAGUAAUAUUAAUAUAAAUCAAGUAAUAAAAAUCAAUUAAAAAAAUUUUAGUUAUAGACUUAGGGUUAACUAUUAUUAUUAUUAUAUUUGUUUUCAUUAAUACUAACAACGCAUGACCAAAUUUGUUUCUUUAUUAAAAA